AUGAAAUUGCAAUAGACCGUUCGUUCCCUCUCCCUCCUCCGUCAGUCUCUCUCUUUCUCUCUCAAACGAACAGAGCCCGGACCCUGAUACGAUACAUUCACUUGCUACUCAGCUCGGUCUCAAAAACAGCGAAUAAAACCCAAGAAAAGAAAAGAAAAGAAAAAUGGAAGAAGAGAAGAAGAGUAAGGACGAAGAGAGGAGAUGUGCAGAAGGAGUUCAGAAGCAGAAGAGAAAACGCAAAGAGAUUUUCCCUUUCGGCAAUUACAGGAACUACUAUGGCUAUCGUAUUGGUCAGGACAUGGAGGAAGAUCCUAGACUAAAGGUGAUGAAGAAGGAAUGGCUUGAAGGCAAGGAUUGUCUUGACAUCGGCUGCAACAAUGGGAGCAUAACAAUCCAGAUUGCCAGAAAGUUCCAUUGCAAGAGCAUUCUCGGAGUAGACAUUGAUUCUAAUCGAAUUGAAGAUGCAUACUGGCACCUGAGAAAAUUUGCGAAAAUGGACGAGUUUGAGAAGAAGCAGGGAAGGACUUCCAGAUCAAAGGUUUCUGAAGAUGCAAAUGGUCUAGGGAACAAUGCUGCAGCGUCAUCCGAUGACGAGACAAAACAGUCUUUGAGGAGUUGUUCUUCUGAGGAAAGAGAUCUGUCUGACAUAGUAUCUUUCCAGCAAGAAAAUUUUGUUCAGAGUCGGCAUCCACAGGAGAAGCACUAUGAUACAAUUCUUUGUUUGAGUGUAUCAAAGUGGAUUCAUCUGAACUGGGGUGACGAUGGACUAAUUACAUUAUUUACAAAGAUUUGGAGACUUCUUAAUCCGGGCGGAAUUCUUGUGCUGGAACCACAACCUUGGAAGUCAUAUCAAAAUAAUUACCGGAUAUCUGAGACAACUACUGAAAAUUAUAAAAAGAUUAGUUUCCGUCCAGCAUGGUUUCAGGAGAUACUUCUCGAUAAGAUUGGAUUUAGAACAGUGGAGGACGUGACUUCUAGCUUGUCAGGCACCAAAUCUGGAUUCAACAGACCAAUUCUGGUUUUCCGCAAAUGACUGACCUAGUUAUGCAUCUUCUCAAGCAUCUCGUUCCGACCAUAUUGUUUCCUCAACAAGAUAGCAUAUGUCGUGAAAUUCCGCGAGCUGAACUGCUUGUUUAUCUGAUGUUGCAGCCUAACCAGCAUCGCGUAAUUUGACUACUACACCUUACAAAGAUACUGUUAAGUACAGAAAAUUUUGGAUGAUGAUUUGCUUCUGUGCUUAACCGAGACAGUAUAUCCCCAGUUUGCAUUUUUGGCUAAAGAUGAGCGUAGAUUUCAAUACAAGUAUACUUUGUUCUGGUGCCUCCUUGUGUCAAACUCGGUAUGUAUUAAUUAAUUGUGUGAAUCUAUUCCUCCCUAUUCAUGCAUAUACAUUUUAGGCUACUUAUUGUCUAUACCUUGCUUAGGAGAGUUGGAUUUUGCUUAUUCGUUGUAUAUGAUUUUGCAGUAACUAAAGAUUUUGGUCCUGAUUCAUUUGAUAUCUGAGGCUUAUGGGACAGAAGUAAAGACAAGACA